CAGUGGAGCACGAAUUCCUCCGCCUUCUCUUCCUCCAGGUGCUGCCCUGUUCACAACCCCCACCUCCACCCCUUCAGGCCGUUGUGAUCUCCUACCCGGAUGCCAGCCUUUCUUGCUUUUGUCCGGCCAGAACUAUGCCUCAGCGAUCAUCGAGGGUUGCCUGAUACAGGAAUGGAUGCAACUGAAGCAUGAAUUUCGUGAUAUCAUGGCUCUUUUUGGAUUCUCAAGUCAGAUUCCUUGAUGGGACAUUGGUCUGAAAAUGAUCAUCAGACCCUCAGUUCUCUAGCUGAGUUCAAGGCUUCUGCAGCAGAGCAGCAAUGGAAACCUGGUGGACUACUGCACUGGUCCUGCAUCUAGCUCGUACCCCACACUCACGAGCAGCCUCGAGAUGGAUGACAACAGAAGGAUUCGAACGCUGGCAGACACCGUGGCUACUUUGCCUCGCGGAAGGAAGCAGCUUGCUUUGUCCAGAUCAAGUUCUCUGGGUGACUUUUCCUGGUCUCAGAGAAAGCUUGUAACUGUGGAAAAACAGGACAAUGGAACAUUUGGAUUUGAAAUUCAGACGUACAGGCUCCAGAACCAGAACUUUGGCUCCUUGGAAGUAUGCACUCUGAUUUGCAAAGUACAGGAGGACAGUCCAGCUCACUGCUCUGGACUGCAAGCCGGUGAUGUCCUUGCAAAUAUCAAUGGAGUGAGCACAGAAGGCUUUUCCCACAAACAAGUGGUUGACCUGAUCAGAUCGUCAGGAAACCUGCUAAGGAUAGAGACUCUUAAUGGAUCAAUGCUUCUCAGGAAAGAAGAACUUGAAGCAAAGAUGCAGGAUUUAAAGCAAACCUUGAAGAAAAAAUGGGUGGAGUUCAAGUCACUGCAGUUACAGGAACAGCGCCUGCUUCAUGGCGAUGCUGGUAACAGCCCAAGUUUGGAAACCAUGGACGUGGAUGAGUUGGCUAUUUUGGGAUCCCUGCCUGGCCCAGGCCCAGCCCUUCCAGAAUGGAAUCGGUUGUCCAGUGAGAGCAGCUGCAGGAGCUGGCUGAGCUCCAUGACAAUGGACAGCGAGGACGGCUGCCAGACCUGUGUGUCUGUUGACUCGAGCAGGGGGGCCUUCAGCCGGCAGACCAGUACUGACGAUGAAUGCUUUGUCUUCAAGGAGGGGGACGAUUUUAUGAGAAGGUCCUCUUCAAGGCGGAACCGGAGCAUCAGCACGACCAGCAGUGGAUCCAUGUCCCCGUUAUGGGAGAACAGUUACUCGAGCAUAUUUGGGACUCUGCCUCGCAAGAGCAGAAGGGGAAGUGUUCGGAAACAACUCUUGAAAUUCAUCCCUGGCCUUCAUCGUGCUGUGGAAGAAGAAGAGAGUCGCUUCUGAUGGCUUGUGAUGCUUUUUAAAGUUAGCUUAUUUCACAGAUAUAAUACUCUUCUAGAGCAGCUCCACCCAGUUUGGUGGGAAUAUGCACAUAAAUUGUGAAACUGACAGCCCAUUUCACAAGGAACAAUGACAUUUAAAUUUUUACAUCCUUUUUUGCUUCUUAAAUCAUUUUUUGACCAUAGCACCGCAAAUUCUAAGGAGAAGUUGUGGAAGUUAAAUAAUAUAACCAAUACAAAUGCCUGCUCAUUCUAAGGCUGCCUGUGAAGUCAGGAAUGUUUAUUUUCUAGAUUAUCCAUAUGAAAAAUUGAGAAACUUUCAGAUUCAGGUAUGAAUAGGGAGUGACAGAAUAUAAUUAUCUGGUCUACUUUCCACGGGUUAAUUUGAUAAGAUACAAAACUAUUUGCUUUAGCUCAGUAUCCUCUAGGGAGCCAUAAUAGUAGGUGAUUUUGAGUGUUUCUGUUCAAGUCUUUAAAGAGUUAUAAAUAAAGAUGACCAUUAGACUUUUCUCACAUCUGUAGUGACAAUAAACCAAGAAGUAUAAAAUUUAAUAUAAAGCAUUAAAUUUCAUGAGAACUAUGAAAAGAUGGGAUUGACAAGGGUGCUGAGGAAGAUUAGUAAUGUGAUAUUUUUUAUAGACACUUAAAAUGGGUGGGAUCUCAUUCUUUUUAGCUCAACUCAAUUUUCAUUUUGGCUGAGCAUUGAUGACAAGGCUAGAACAGUUAGGAUCCUAUAGCUUUGUCAUUACAAAUAUCUAAAAAUCCAAAAAAUUAGGGUUGGGAAAAGAAUUCUCCUGCUAUAGAUUUUGUCACAUGAUUCCUCACUGCAUAUUCCAAAUAUUUAUCACCUUAGCACUCCUUUCCCUAUUAAUUAUAUUUGUAUCAUAGUGCUUCCAGCCUUUCAGUCAUGCUAUAUUUUAUUCACUGUCCAUUAAGGUCCACAUUUUCUUUGUUCUGGUGUUGCUGCUGCUUACUUCCCAUACUCUAAAGUAAACAGUAUCUACUGUAUGAUAAAUGGCCCUCAGUGAUUUUAAUCCCGUGUGCGUGUGUGUGUGUGUGUGUGUGUGUGCCUGUGUGUUUGUGUGUGAUUGGGAGAAUAGAGACAAGUGAUUUUGAAUAGAACUAACACUUAAGUAAAGUUCUGAUUCAUCUACAGAAUGAAUCAUUUUGAGGAGAAAGGGUGAGGUAAGGAAGCUUUGAGGGAAAGAAAGAAAUAACCAAUUAUAAAAAUAUUUCUAGGUGGGCUCUGCUUUCUGUUAAUUCUGUGAACUGACAAGCACCCAGUGGGCUUUUCAUGAAAGUCACAUGUAAGGCAGCGUGUAGCAACUUUUUCAAGCAUAAGAGCAAUCCUGACUACCAUCUACUGAAUGUGAUUCCAGAAUAGUUAUUAGGCAUACAGAUAAGGUAGAAAUUCAGAUGCCUGUGGUCAAGUGCCUUUCAGAGGCAGAGUUGACACUGGAAACUAGUUUUCCUGGGUAUAGCUCAUCCUCUUAGUCUUUCUAUGUUUCUUUACUCCUUUUCUGCUUUUGUGCAGUUAUUAUCAUGAUAAUUUUUAUUUAAACUUAAAAUAUAAAUUGUA